AUGGUCGCGACACUUGUGCUACAGAGGGAUGAGAAUGGAGACCUGCAUGACCCUGGAGGUCAUCUGUGUAAUGCAGUAGGUCAGAAGAUAGAUGGACAAGGGACUGCAAUCCUUGAACCAUCUGCUGCCACCAAGGAUGCUAAAGUUCCUCUUCAGAGAUCGUUAGCAGAUUUGACCAGGCCUAGUCAGUUCUACACCAACAGGUCUGCGAUUCAACCUCUAGAAAUCCAGGGAUUUCAGAUACACCACACACACUACUCUUAUGUGGGUCAGCACCCUUAUCGUGGUCUUCCUGAUGAAAAUCCCUCAUAUUAUAUUGAGACACUCGAGGACUUUGUGUCUGGCAUCCAAAAGGAUGAAGCAACCAAAGACUACAUCAUCUGCAAGCUGUUCAAAUAUUCUCUCUCUGUGAAUGCUAAACACUGGCUGAGAAGCCUACCACCAGGAUCUCUCACUACAUGGAAUGGUGUCAUGACUACAUUUAUGACUGAAUUCUUAGAUGAUGCAAGGGCUGAUGAAGAGAUGAGAGAUAAAAUUUGGACAUUCUCUCAGGGACCUACAGAAGCUUUCAAAAGCUCUUGGGAGAGGUUUAGGAGAUACCAAAGAGACUGUCCACAUCAUGGUUUUACGGAGAUUCAAUCGUUGAAAAGCGAAGGAAACUUUGAGAUAAGGACCCCAGAGGAAGCUAAGAGACUGAUUGAGAACUUGAUAUCUAGCAAGAGUUCCAAAAAUCUGGAUAUGCACAGGAUAAAAUCAGCUUCAAUGGAUGGUGACAAGAUCAUUGCGGCUGAGAUUGGUUCUGUACAUGAAGUCUCAUGGGUAGAACAUGCUGUAGAGAAGGAUGAGGAUCAGGGCUAUAUAAAAAAGAUGGAAUCUAUGAUAGAGAAGGCAACGAAAGAAGAGAUUCCGGUUGAGAAGAGAGUGAAAUCUAGGAAACCCUAUAUCCCCAAACACCUCAGGAGAGAAGUUAACAAAGAGGAACCUGAAGGAUUUCACAAGAGGGUGAAGAGGGUUCCUAAGGAUAUGUCUUUUGAGGAUGCAUAUCAUAAGUAUAGACUUGGUAAUUUCUUCAGAGAGAGCAGAGAGACUGAUAAGGAUAUUGAGCUCCUAUUCAACAAGGUCAACCGUAAACCCAAGAGGACACUGAAGAAGGAACAAGAUCCUGGAAAGUCCCUGAUUCCAUACUCUAUACAUAGCCACCAUUUACCAGACGCCCUAUGUGAUACUGGAUCUGCAGUCAACAUCAUGGCCAUAGACACUGCUGAGCUAUUAGGACUAAAGAUGGAACCUUCUAAAGAUAGUUUCACUUUCGUGGAUAGCUCCUGA